CUCUCGCGCAUGCGCACCAGCUCAGCAGCUCAAGCUCCAGCUCAACUAUCACACGAGCUGAUUUUUAUCCGGCAACCCGUUGUUUUUUUAAUGUCAAUAAUCCGGGUUUGGUCGCCCUUUUGAAAAUGUCGAUUGGAGGAUGUAUUUCACCAGGUUUUUCAUUCAUAAAAAAGUGACUGGUUGUUCCAAGUGCAGGAUGCGGCGGCGGUGGUGUCCGGGCUCUCUCGUGCACCUGUUGCGCUGGAUGCUGUUGCGGCUGUGUCCCAGGAGACGAGGAUGCCAGCUGCCUCUGUGGAUGUUGAAAAUACAGGCCUACUUGAAACUAUUACUGCACUCGCUUUAUUAUAACUCGCUCACAGAUUCAAAUGUGGUUUUUGACUCUUUGUUUGAGCCUUUGUUAUGGACUGUGGAUUAUCUUACACGCUCGUUUGGCUUGGUGUUUGUGUGGAUGGUGGUCGUACUGACCAGCUCCAUCUUGCUGGUCGCCUACGUCGUCCUUUUGCCUAAUGCACUCAGGACAUAUCCUACCGCAUGGCUAGUCUGGCACCUUUGUUACGGACACUGGAACCUAGUCAUGAUCGUCUUUCAUUACUACAAGGCCGUCAAGACUGCCCCAGGGCACCCGCCUGCUGAAAAAAAUGACAUUCCCUUUGUAUCUGUCUGCAAAAAAUGUGUCAUUCCGAAACCAGCGAGAGCGCAUCACUGCGGUAUCUGCAACAGGUGUAUUCUCAAAAUGGACCAUCACUGUCGUAUCCUUUCUCACGUCCAAUGUGUAAACUCCCACAGUGGCACAAGAGUCGUUUUCAUACUUAGUGUCUUCCACUCAGCCUGGUUGAAUAAUUGCGUCGGUCAUUUGAAUCACCGUUAUUUCUUCUCCUUCUGCGUCUUCAUGACGUUGGGCUGUAUCUACUGCAGCUUGAGCGGCAGAAUCCGUUUCCUAGCUGCGUACAAUGCCCUUGAGCGUUUUAAGCAUUUGGAAAUGGAAAAAGCGGGGGUUCCCGUAACAGGGAUGGGACCUUUAAUAGGGCUUCUCCCCACUGGCCAGACUGACUAUGCCACACCUGCACCUCCAUACUCUUUGAAAGAAAAGAUCAUGGAUAAGGGCAUCAUCUACAUGUGGGUGCUCACCAGCACAGUAGCAGUGGUCUUGGGAAUACUGACCACGUGGCACGCACUUCUCAUAUCACGUGGUGAAACCAGCAUCGAGAGGCACACCAACUCAAAAGAAAAGAGUCGAAUGAAAAAAAUGGGACAGGUGUACAAAAACCCAUUCAACUACGGCAAGCUGCAUAACUGGAAAGUCUUCCUCGGUGUGGAGAAGAGAAGUCACUGGGUCACGCGUGUCCUGCUGCCCUCAGCUCACCUACCAUUCGGUGAUGGCCUGACGUGGGACAGCUACCCUAUCAAAAAAGAACCAAUACUAGUUUAAGCUGUCAAGAUGCUAUGUUAAAUUAAAUGGGGUACACGCACACAAUUUCCUCUCCCAAACCAGGUUUCUGCAUAGUACCAAGACUGACCUGUCAGAGGCCCUGGGGCAUACAGUUUUCUGAAAAAUCCAAAGAAGAAGAAACCUUUUACCUAAUCUGAUGACUGUUUUUUGUGGUGAAUGGCUUGUGAGACACAUUAUACAAACAUUCUACUCAAUCAGUUGCUCUUAUUUGUUUUUUUGCGACAAUGCAAUCUACAGGUUGCUUACUAAUUCGAUUUCAUGUCACAAUUGUGAUCUACCAAAAAUUCAACCUGCUUAAAAUUUACAACAGUCAGCCCCGACCGUUUUCUGAGCAGGCCAGGGAGCAAAAAAAUCACCCCAAACACAGAAACAGUUCAAAUUCGGCCCGGCUGAUCAGUAUGUGUGUACCCCAUUUUAAGGCUGGCUUCAAGAUGGAUCCUGGUGGAAGUAAAGAAAAUUGGGUGAUAACAACCUCGGAUACCUCAAAAACACUGUGGAAUCUAAUGGACUAUGAUAUUUUAUCAUUCACUUUGAUUGAAUUGAAGCCAAUAAUUUAAUGAUUUUUACUGCUCAUAUCCUUCCAGAACUAAUAUAGUACUUGACGUGCCAGAUAAACACCGCAGUAAAAUGUUUUUAUUUAUCGGUAUUGUUUUUAUUUGUUUAAAUUAAUAAAUCUUGUUUAAAUAACUACA